GCGCGCCCACGAACGUCGGCCGCGCUUGGAUGGCGCGACCUCGGCUAUCACACCUGGAUCAUCCGCAGUCCCCCCGAGUCCAGUGCCCACCGUCCCGGGUCCCAAACAACUCAGGAAGGAGGGGGACGUGGCGGGACCAGACGCGGGUCCCUGGAGCCCGCGGAAGAGCUGGAAGUGCCCUUGGUACUGAGGCGCCGGGUACAUCGCGGGGUACCCGGACAGCAGCCCGUAGGGGGCGCCCGACGCCGCAGGCACUGAAAGCCCGGUCCGCGGGAAGUAGCCGCCCGAGGAGCCGGCGCCGGGCCCCGGGUACACCGGUUGCAGCGCCAGCGCCUUGGGCUCGGGGGCCGGGGCUGGAGCCAGGGCUGGGCCCACGAAGGCGUCGGGAGCUGGGGCUCGCAGGGCAGGGCGCACCCAACCCGAGUGAUCCUCCGAACCCAAGAGCCCAGCCAUCAGCCUCGGGCCGCCAGCAUAUGCGCCCAGAGUCUCCGGCGGCGGCGGAUAUUGCGCCCCGGGGGCCUCGCUGGGCGCCAGAGCGCAGGUCUGGGGCGCGCCACCCGGCUCCGGGCCCGAGAAGUUGGUGAGGAGGAGAUCCAGGUCCCAGGUGGCGUCCGCGCCCCUCUCAUCGUCUUCCUCCUCCCCGGGCUGGUCCUCAGACUUCACGUGGAGGGGCGGCUCCGUGGGGUCAGGAGGACCCGGGCCCAUGUCCUGCGCCUCUUCGGAGCGCCACCACUGCGGGAGGGAGCAGGCAGCUCGAGGUUCGGUGGACACUGGGGUGCCCUGCCCAGGGACAUCGCGGGCUGGACACUCUGACGCAGAGGCUUUGGAAAGGGGUCUUGUUUGCCUGUCUGUCUGUCCCACUUCCCCAACACUGCCUCUCUAGCCGCCCCUCUCCCCCCUCCCCCCCACCAGCUCCAGGGACAGAAGCCGAUCAGGUCUGGCUGGAGACAGGAGAUAAGACUUCCACUAUCUGGAACCACACUCGGGGAUGGGGGAAGGGGUAGCAGAGCUGCUGGAGAUGGAAAACUGGCGGAGGGGGACAGGAUGCGAGCCUUGACUUAGUUUCCCCCCAGAACAUCCCUCUCCUUCCCUGUCUCCCAAAACAAGAUUAAUUCCGAAAUUUUGGAUGUCCCCCAGACACAUUCAUCAUUUCCCGCUGAUAUCUGGUAGACUGUCUGUGAGCCUAGAUCUGGUUCCUUUUUUUUUUUUUUUUUUCUUGAGAUAGGGUCUUACUCUUUUGCCCAGGCUGGAAUGCAGUGGUGCAGCUCACUGUAUCCUUACUCUCCUGGGCUCCAAUGAUCCUCCUGCAUCAGCCUACAGAGUACCUGGGACUACAGGCACACGCCCCCAUGCCUGGCUAAUGUUUUUGUUAUUUUUUGUAGAGAUGGGGUUUCACCAUGUUGCCCAGGCUACCUUCGUUUUCUAUUACCGAAAUAGAUCACUUAGAACCUCAAACCCCUAGACCACCCUCCUCACCCCCUGCCAGACUGAGAUCCCCUCACCUGGACUGAGUGUACCUCAGUCCUGGUUAAAUCUCUUGAUUUCAGGUCAAGAUGCAGGUCUGGACCCUGCUGGUCUGUGACUGUGGCCUUGGAUUCCAGCCAGCCCACCUAGACCCCACCUUCUAGGCCCCACCUUGAGGAAGUCAUCCUGUGUGUCCGGGAAGGGGCCCAGGGCGGUCAGUGUGCUGAUGGAGGGCAAGGCGGUCUCGGCUGUGGCCAUGGCUGGCUGGUGCCCACCCUGGGCCUCAAGCCUCCUCUUCCUCGGCUGCCUCGUGAACUCUGAGGCUGUGAUAGCCCCUUCGAGGGCUCCUCUCUGCCCUUAGCUGAUUGGCUGCAGCCUCUGAUAAGGCAAGGCGAGGCGAGGCAAGGUGGGGGAUCACUGUUUCUGGGGCACAAACUUCACAUUGGCCUGUCUGGGGCUGGGGCUUAAAGACUAACCCUGUGUCCAAAGCCAAGUCAAAUAUCAGGGGUUGGGAGAUUCAGGGUUUGAGGGUCCAGGUGCUGGGUAAAAAGAGACAUUGGGUCUCUAAAGAAGGAGAGACUUGGGGGUCUUCCCUCAGUUUACUUUCCUGGAAAAGACAGAAAGGGUAUUCUGGGAAGAAGCUGUGGGACCCUCGUCCCCCUGAUUGAGGCUCCGCAGCCCUCCCCCUCCCCAGUAAACAGCAACAACCGUGCCGAUGGCGGGACUUGGCACAAACUCCCCGCCAAGCAUUAUCAGACACCCCAGACGUUGGAGGCUGCUAUCAGGUGGGGGCCCAGGCCUGCUAGAGCUCUGUCCUUCAGUGAAGGGGAGGGCUGGGGGUUGGGUCUUCAAAUUAGCCUGGCUUUCAAUUUGCCUGGGUUGGGACCUCCCAGGGUCUGAGCCCUGCAGCAGGAGGAAGCCCCUGCCAACUGGCCCACCAUUGGCUACUGGGGACCCUUCGGUGGCACUGCAUGGGACUGCAUGGAGGCUGGUUCAGUGCCAGCUGCUUUAGUGCAAUGGGGGCAGCCAAGGGAAAAGUGAUCCUCUCUCCUCCUGGGUGGGAUAGGACCACUGGAUCAAGCCACAGGCAGUAUCUGACCUGCAGGAGACCAGUACCCUGGCUCUGGGCCUGGCUGCUCGUUGAUUCUGCCCAACGUGAGGAGAGGAUCUGCGUUUCUACAACAGGAACCUCCACUCUGGUGCCCUGGGAGCCUGGGAAGGGGACAUGGAUACGUAUUACAGACACAUAACUCAUAGUCAUUCAUUGGAAGACUGAGGCAGAAGGAUCACUUGACGCCAGGAUUUCAAGACCAGCCUGGGCAACAUAGAACCUAUCUCUCCAACAAAAAGCUGUGAGUGGUGGUGCAUGCCCAUAGUCCCAGCUACUCAGGAGGCUGAGAUGGGAGGAUUGCCUGAGCCCAGGAGGUCAGAGCUGCACUGAACUAUAAUCACACCACUGCAGUCCAGCGUGGGGGACAGAGAGCAAGACUCCGUCGCUGAAAAAAAAAAAAAAGUUGGGUGGCUAUCUUUAUUCCUGGCAGAUCAACGUGGGUGACACAAACAAAAACAAGGCCAGGCAGAGCUGCGGAGGGGCCGGAUUCUAGGAGGAACCAAUGAAAAGCCUCACUCGGCCUCCGCUCCUCCCACUUCUUGCUGAGGUCAAAGGCCUGCAUCAGUUGCACUGUAGCCUCGGCAGUGAACCUGGAGGUAGUACUAGGUCGCCGUCGUUGCUCCGCUCGCUCUGAGAGAGCAUGGCCCUGAGAGGCGUCUCCGUGCGGCUGCUGAGCCGCGGACCCGGCCUGCGCGGCCUUCGCAUGUGGGUCUCGUCGGCGGCGCAGACCGAGAAAGGCGGCAGGACACAGAGCCAACUGGCCAAGUCCUCGCGUCCCAAGUUUGACUGGCAGGACCCGCUGGUGCUGGAGGAGCAGCUGACCCCAGAUGAGAUCCUCAUCAGGGACACUUUCCGCACCUACUGCCAGGAAAGACUCAUGCCUCGCAUCCUGUUGGCCAAUCGCAACCAAGUUUUUCAUCGGGAGAUCAUUUCGGAGAUGGGGGAGUUGGGUGUGCUGGGCCCCACCAUCAAAGGAUAUGGUUGUGCUGGGGUUUCGUCUGUGGCCUAUGGGCUCCUGGCCCGAGAGCUGGAGCGGGUGGACAGUGGCUACAGGUCGGUGAUGAGUGUCCAGUCCUCCCUCGUCAUGCACGCUAUCUAUGCCUAUGGCAGCGAGGAACAGCGGCAGAAGUACCUGCCCCGGCUGGCCAAGGGGGAGCUCUUGGGCUGCUUCGGGCUCACAGAGCCCAACAGCGGAAGUGACCCCAGCAGCAUGGAGACCAGAGCCCGCUACAACUCAUCCAACAAGAGCUACACCCUCAAUGGGACCAAGACCUGGAUCACGAACUCGCCUAUGGCCGAUCUGUUUGUAGUGUGGGCUCGGUGUGAAGAUGGCUGCAUUCGGGGCUUCCUGCUGGAGAAGGGGAUGCAGGGUCUCUCGGCCCCCAGGAUCCAGAGCAAGUUCUCGCUGCGGGCCUCAGCCACAGGCAUGAUCAUCAUGGACGGUGUGGAGGCGCCAGAGGAGAACGUGCUCCCUGGUGCAUCCAGCCUGGGGGGUCCCUUCAGCUGCCUGAACAACGCCCGGUACGGCAUCGCGUGGGGCGUGCUUGGAGCUUCAGAGUUCUGCUUGCACACAGCCCGGCAGUACGCCCUCGACAGGAUGCAGUUUGGUGUCCCGCUGGCCAGGAACCAGCUGAUUCAGAAGAAGCUGGCAGACAUGCUCACUGAGAUUACCCUGGGCCUUCACGCCUGCCUGCAGCUCGGCCGCUUGAAGGACCAGGACAAGGCUGCCCCCGAGAUGGUCUCUCUGCUGAAGAGGAAUAACUGCGGGAAAGCCCUGGACAUUGCCCGCCAGGCCCGAGACAUGCUGGGGGGGAAUGGGAUUUCUGACGAGUAUCACGUGAUACGGCAUGCCAUGAACCUGGAGGCCGUGAACACCUACGAAGGUACACAUGACAUUCACGCCCUGAUCCUUGGGAGAGCUAUCACGGGAAUCCAGGCGUUCACGGCCAGCAAGUGAGCCCACUCCAUCAGGGACCCGAAACUCUCAUGCCCCUUUCUGGAGAGAUGCCUGGCUGGACCACAGGACCGCUGUGCUCUGAGCUUAGAAAGGGAGGUGGCGGAUGGAGUGGGAAGUGAGAGACACUGAUUUUUAAAUAUCAAAAUUUCCCUUCUGAAGUCGUUCGGAUGUGUUCCUUAAAAAGAAGAUGGAAUUCUCUGUAGAGCGUCUCAAUCCACUUUUAACCAUGGAUGAGAACAGACUCCAUUUACCCUGAAAUAGCAGCUUCUCUUGAGAGGAGAGUGACAUUGAAGCAACUCCAUCUGCUCCAGCCGACCCCCUCACACCAAGUUCAGAGUGCGCGCCCUCCCUCCCUCCCGUCUGGGGGUAGUGCCUUAUGCUGGGUGUUGGAGCAGAGUGAGGGAGAGGAAAAUAAAGAGCUGCACAUCUGA